AUGCGCUCAAGCGUGCCCUACGAACAUUUGGCAACGCAAUGGGUAAUUGUGUGUACAACAAAAAAUAUGCCUCCGAAAUUGUCAAGAUAAAGGUUUCACCGCCACAAUUUAAUGUGGACAAGCUGCAUCGUCAUCCAGAUUUUAUCCAAAAAAACGCUAAAACUGGAGAUACAUCUAAUAAAAGUGUCAAUAACAACAAAAAUUUACAACCUCAGAAUAGUACUUUAACCAAGCAGAAUAAUACUUUAACGAACCAAUCUCAAAAUCAAGGAACCACAUCCAUUUCGAUUAAUCAAAGUUCGAAGAGUACAUCAGAAAUCUUAAAUAAUGCAUCUGCUAUCAUGAUAAAGAGAGAGAGAGCAUUAAAACCCGUAUCGAAUUCGACACCUCCAAGAGAUGGAUCUGUGGGAAAAGAAAAUUAUCCAAUGAAUAAUCCAAUGAAUAACUCAAUGAAUAUGACAACGCCUACAUUGAUGUCAAAUGAUGGACAAAAUACAUCCGAACAUGCGCCAUCAUCCAACACAAACCAAAAAACUGAGCAAAAUGAAGACAACUCUAUGACUUCAACGACAACAAUCGAAGAUGACCAUCUAACUCGAUCGGCAAUUUUGGCGCAAUUCGCAGCAUUAGAUAGUAAAAUGGAUUCUUUCUUUGCGGAAUUCUUAGCCGAUCCUGGAGAUGAUAUUGAUCCCGAUUUAUUACUUGAACAAGAACAAGAACAAUCAUCAUGUCAACUAGUAGCCAAAAAUGGUAGUGGUAUUGAAAUGUCUAAUGAGAAUCUCACCACAAGCUUAAAAGAU